AGUGUGAAACUAGUUGUAUUUCUUAUUAGGUCCUCAAUAAUGAUAUAUUAAAGCGUUCUAUUUAUAAUUUUAAACAGUUAACAUGAAUUACAUCCUUAUUUGUGUGUCAAUUUAAAGGGGAAACAUUUUAAUAUCCGAAAAGUUAUGUAUAUACAUAUUACCUAAAAGAUGACCCAGUAUGGAUACUAAAAUGCCUUAGGAUGCUGUCUUUGAAAAUUGUAGCCGUUGGAGAUAGAAAUGUUGGUAAAAGGUGCUUACUUAGAUCAUAUGUUGAAGGACAGUUUCCGAAUGAUGACGUUAAAAAUGUGUCGAAUGGCUAUAAGAAGGACAUAGAGUUCCUGGGUAAAUCUAUACGGCUUGUGUUAUGGGACAUCAAUGUUGACGAAGAGAACGCCAGAUUACGUCAUUUGACAUAUCCUCUAACGGAUUUGUUCCUCUUGUGUUUCUCACUUGUUGAUCAAAAUAGUAUGGACAACAUAGAGAAGAUUUGGCAUCGUGAAAUAACUCGACAUUGUCCUCACACACCUUUUAUCCUGGUCGGCACGAAAAGUGACUUGCUCGAUAGUAGCAUGUUAAGCAACCAUGGCCGAUGUUCUGGGUGUGUUCGAACUAAAGCUGAGGAAUUGUGUAAACGAAUACACGCUUUUAAAUAUGUUGAAUGUUCUUCGUUAAUUAGAGAUGGUCUUGACAAUGUGUUCAAUGUUGGUUUACAUUCUAUAUGUUCUGCUCAGACACCUAAUGGCGAUGUAGACGGUGAAGAACAGAAAGAAGUGAAAAACUGUGUUCUAAUGUAAUUGUAGUAUGUUUCUAAUGUAAUUGUAGUAUGUUUCUAAUGUAAUUGUAGUAUGUUUCUAAUGUAAUUGUAGUAUGUUUCUAAUGUAAUUGUAGUAUGUUUCUAAUGUAAUUGUAGUAUGUUUGCACUUAUUUUACUUGUACAACGUAUAGGGUUACAGGUAGGUAACCUACCAAAAUUGUUUGAAAAAACAACUUGAUUUAGGAAUAUUGUUUGUACAAAUGUAGCUAUGCUUACACAUGAGUCAAUAUCGUCCAUUUUCAGAUGUUGUUCUACUUACUAAACUAUACCCUGCAUCUCAUUCCUUAUUUUAUUGAUUUUGUAUUUACAUUGUGUCAUAGAUUAAAUGUAUUCGUUCAGUGUGUGAUCACUUGUUUUUGUUUUAAAAUGUCUUUUGAUUGAGUUAGGCAAGUUCAAUUGAUAGCUUAAAGUGUUUCUUUCUAUGUUGUGAUGUUACACUCUUGUUUUAAGUUAGGAAGAAGGUUGGUACCUAUUAAAACGUUUAACCCCGCUGCAUUUGUUUGCACCGGUCCUAAGUCAUGAACUUAAUGUUCUUUGGUUGUUUGUUUAUGUGGUUCAUAAUUGCUUUUCGUUUCUCGUUUUUUAUAUAGAUUGGAUCAUUGGUUUUAUUCUUUAAAUGGUUAUACAAAUGUACACUUGUCAAUUUUGAGAUCCUAUUUUAAGCUUGUUGUUCGGUGUUAGCCAAGGCUCCGUGUUGAAUACCGUACUUUAACCUUUAAGAUUUACUUUUACAAAUUGCGACUUGGAUGGAGAGUUGUCUCAAUGGUCCUCAUACCACAUCUUCUUAUACCUAAGUUUAAAACUAAAGGGUCUUAUCACAAUAUACAUGUACAAUCUCGAUCAUCUAUUUUACUAUUCAAACAAAAAAGGAUAAUAAAUAUGUGAAUAGUGAAUAGAAAAAAUAAUAAUAUAUGUGUGAGUAUUGGACAAAAGAUUUAAACUUGUUUGUAUAUUUAUAGGUUAUGCAUGUAUGGCUGCAUGUUUAUGUUUUUAACAGAUAUUGGAAUAAAUCAUUAUCCAUGCAACCUUCUUUUAAAACUAUAUUCAUUUACUAUUUUGGUUUAUAUUAUAUGUAGCCCUUUUGUGAUUUGAGUUGA